AGCCCGGCCCGGCCCGGCCCAGCCCAGUCCGGCUCGGUCCGGUUCGGUCCGGUUCGGUCCGGUUCUCCAGCGCCUCGCGCCCUCAGGCCGCCAAGGACGAGGCCCCCAGACCCAGCGGCGAUGGCGCAGUGGAACCAGCUGCAGCAGCUGGACACCCGGUACCUGGAGCAGUUGCACCAGCUGUACAGCGACAGCUUCCCCAUGGAGCUGCGCCAGUUUCUCGCCCCGUGGAUCGAGAGCCAGGACUGGGCUUACGCUGCCAGCAAGGAGUCCCACGCCACGCUGGUGUUCCACAACCUCCUGGGCGAGAUCGACCAGCAGUACAGCCGCUUCCUGCAGGAGUCCAACGUGCUCUACCAGCACAACCUGCGCAGGAUCAAGCAGUUUCUGCAGAGCAGGUACCUGGAGAAGCCCAUGGAGAUAGCGCGGAUCGUGGCUCGCUGCCUGUGGGAGGAAUCGCGUCUGCUUCAGACGGCGGCGGCCGCUGCCCAGCAAGGAGGGCAGGCGAACCACCCCACGGCGGCCGUGGUCACAGAGAAGCAGCAAAUGUUGGAGCAGCACCUGCAGGAUGUGCGCAAGAGAGUUCAGGACUUAGAGCAGAAGAUGAAGGUGGUGGAGAACCUCCAGGACGACUUUGACUUUAACUACAAAACCCUGAAGAGCCAAGGAGGUCAGGGCGGCCCGCCUCAUCCGCAUCUCGAGGGGACAGCCGGGGACAACAUGCAGGACCUGAAUGGGAAUAGCCAGUCGGUGACGCGGCAGAAGAUGCAGCAGCUGGAGCAGAUGCUCACCGCCCUGGACCAGAUGCGCCGGGGCAUCGUGAGCGAGCUGGCCGGGCUCCUGUCGGCCAUGGAGUACGUGCAGAAGACCCUCACGGACGAGGAGUUGGCCGACUGGAAGCGGCGGCAGCAGAUCGCCUGCAUCGGCGGCCCCCCAAACAUCUGCCUGGAUCGUCUUGAGAACUGGAUCACGUCCCUGGCGGAGUCGCAGCUGCAGACGCGCCAGCAGAUCAAGAAGCUGGAGGAGUUGCAGCAGAAGGUGUCGUACAAGGGCGACCCCAUCGUGCAGCACCGCCCCAUGCUAGAGGAGCGCAUCGUCGAGCUCUUCCGGAACCUGAUGAAGAGUGCCUUCGUGGCUGAGCGGCAGCCGUGCAUGCCCAUGCACCCGGACCGGCCCCUGGUCAUCAAAACCGGAGUCCAGUUCACCACCAAAGUCAGGUUAUUGGUCAAAUUUCCCGAGCUCAACUACCAGCUGAAAAUCAAAGUUUGCAUCGACAAAGACUCCGGGGACGUGGCGGCUCUUCGAGGAUCCCGGAAGUUUAACAUCCUGGGGACCAACACGAAGGUGAUGAACAUGGAGGAAUCCAACAAUGGCAGCCUGUCUGCCGAAUUCAAGCACUUGACCCUGAGGGAGCAGAGAUGCGGCAACGGGGGACGAGCCAACUGCGAUGCCUCUCUGAUCGUAACCGAAGAGCUCCACCUCAUCACUUUUGAGACGGAGGUGUACCACCAGGGCCUCAAGAUCGACCUGGAGACGCACUCCCUGCCGGUUGUGGUCAUCUCCAACAUCUGCCAGAUGCCAAAUGCCUGGGCCUCCAUCCUGUGGUACAACAUGCUCACCAACAGCCCUAAGAACGUGAACUUCUUCACCAAGCCGCCCAUCGGCACGUGGGAUCAGGUGGCCGAGGUCCUGAGCUGGCAGUUUUCGUCCACCACCAAACGUGGGCUGAGCAUUGAGCAGCUGACCACACUGGCUGAGAAGCUCCUGGGGCCCGGAGUCAACUAUUCCGGCUGCCAGAUCACAUGGGCCAAAUUCUGCAAGGAAAACAUGGCUGGGAAAGGGUUCUCCUUCUGGGUGUGGUUGGACAACAUCAUCGACCUGGUGAAGAAGUACAUCCUGGCGCUGUGGAACGAGGGGUACAUCCUGGGCUUUAUCAGCAAGGAGCGGGAACGGGCCAUCCUGAGCACCAAACCGCCCGGCACCUUCCUCCUGCGCUUCAGCGAGAGCAGCAAGGAGGGGGGCGUCACCUUCACCUGGGUGGAGAAGGACAUCAGCGGGAAGACGCAGAUCCAGUCGGUGGAACCGUACACGAAGCAGCAGCUGAACAACAUGUCUUUCGCUGAGAUCAUCAUGGGCUACAAGAUCAUGGAUGCCACCAACAUCCUGGUGUCACCGCUGGUCUACCUGUACCCCGACCUCCCCAAGGAGGAGGCGUUCGGCAAGUACUGCCGCCCCGAGAGUCAGGAGCACCCCGAGGCCGACACAGGUGCGGCCCCCUACCUGAAGACCAAGUUCAUCUGCGUGACCCCAACCACCUGCAGCAACACCAUUGACCUGCCCAUGUCUCCCCGGACCCUGGACUCCCUGAUGCAGUUCGGGAACAACAGUGAGAGCGUCGAGCCCCCGGCCGGUGGCCAGUUUGAGAGCCUGACCUUUGACAUGGACCUGACUUCGGAGUGCGCCACGUCCCCCAUGUGAAGCCCCCAGUUCCUGGCUCCGCCUGCUCCCCCUCCCUCCCCUCCCUCUCACCCACCCACCCCAGUUGGAACUGGCGGGGGUGAAGCCGAAGCCACCGGCUCCCUCUGAGUUCAGGCCAGGGGGCUGUGGGCCUCUCCUCCCCCCCACACCCCUUUUCUUCAUUUUCUUUCGCUACACAAGUGCCUCUCGGCCAGCACCUUCCACACCUCUCCGGCCCAGGGUCCGCGGGGUGGAGAGUGACGCCUUCUCUACGAAGCCCCUUCCUCUCCUCUGAGCCCUGGGCCGAGGGCCCCGGCCGGCCUCCCACAGUGCCCUCAGGGCAGGACAGAGGGCGGGAGCACGGGUCCCGCUGGCAGCGCCCAGGCCCGUCCCCACCGCUCCGUCCCCCUCCGACAAACAUAGUGUGUUGGGGCGGAGAGGGGCGUCGGGGGUGACUGGCCGGCCGUGCUGACCCAGCCCCCCGUGUCCUCCGCGGGGUCAGAGUUGGGGGGUCACCAGGGCUCAGCAUCAGGGGCGGUCUUUUCUGUUUGGAUUUGAAACCCACGGGCAGAGGCGAAAUGGGGUGCAGCCGUGGUUGUGCCCAUCUGGGGGAACAGAAAGUACCCACACAGAUCCUGGUUGGGCCUUGGUCCCCUGCACCUGGCCCCCUGCCCCUGUAUACUUCAGACUGUAAAAAUUAUAUUUUUUUUGUAUAUUUUAUUGCUGUACCUACCCAUACUGGAAUAAACAUUCUCAAGCUGAG